AUGUCAACAAUCGGCACAACAACACUUCAAACAACAGCACCAAACUCGUUAGUCAUGAAUCCAACAUCUAUGUUAGUAGAGAUGAAAAGCUUCAUUCCUUCUUCAUAUACUUUCGAAACAAAAAUCCAGAAGAUAAAGCAGGAACUUUUAACAAGUACUUUGGACUGUUGUGCGAAAGAUGAAACAAAUGAACAGUAUCUUUAUGAAAUGCAGGACAUUAUUGACCAUUUACCCAAAUUGCCUGAAAUUCAGCAGCAAAAGCUCACUAUUCCUGAAUUCGAUGAAAUAGAAGUCAAAGCAACUGACUCAGUAGAAAUAAAGAA